AAUUAAGCCAGCUAGGUAUGAGAAGGCAGCGUAAAGUGUAGCUGAAUAUUGAGUUCAACGACAGGACGACCAUCAUAUUUCUAUUGUCUGAAGAAUUGUAUUUCUAAUAUUUUGAUUCUUCUCCCAGCUGUGUGCAAACAAAUUCCAACUAAUUUCAAGAGGAUCUGACCAUCUGGCCGCGCUUUGCCCCUGCGAUUUGGCGCCUGCUAUGCUUUGGUUUUGUCCGGAUCACUCUUCGCUCGAACCUGGGACGUUUUCAGUUCUCUUAACUGCAGAUUCACCUGUUCUUAAGAAGGAUCUCAAGCCCAUCUGCAGGUGAAAGAAGAGCAAAGGCAUUAGAAUGGCUGCCACAGGGGCGAGGGGUCGGUCUGAUUAUGAUCAUCUAAUAAAGCUUCUGCUCAUCGGCGACAGUGGUGUUGGAAAAAGUUGUCUCCUUCUCAGGUUUUCUGAUGACUCCUUUACCACAAGUUUUAUAACCACAAUAGGCAUUGACUUCAAAAUUAGGACCGUUGAACUUGAUGGGAAGCGCAUUAAAUUACAAAUCUGGGAUACAGCCGGUCAGGAGCGCUUCCGCACAAUUACCACUGCAUAUUAUCGAGGUGCUAUGGGCAUUAUUCUGGUAUACGAUGUUACCGAUGAAUCAUCCUUCAACAACAUUCGUAACUGGAUCAGAAAUAUUGAGCAACAUGCUUCUGAAAAUGUCAACAAAAUAUUAGUGGGAAACAAGGCAGAUAUGGAUGACAGCAAGAGGGCUGUUCCAACUGCAUGGGGUCAGUCACUUGCAGAUGAGUUUGGUAUCAAGUUCUUUGAAACUAGUGCAAAAACGAAUAUGAAUGUUGAGGAGGUUUUCUUCAAUAUUGGAAGGGAUAUAAAGAAAAGGCUUGAAGAAAGUGAUACAAAGGUUGAGCCAAAUACUAUCAAACUUAACAAAGCAGAUCAAGCAAAAGGUCCAGACAGUCCUGCACAGAAGUCCACUUGCUGCAGUUCGUGAAGCUAUUAAGAUUCAUCACCUACCUGAAAUUUUUUCUGGUUCAGUCUGACAGAAGCUGCCUCGUGCUUGAGUCGUAAGUUGGAUGAAUUUGCCAAGUUUUCUGUUGGCAAAAUCAGUUUGAAAACAAUGUGGAAGCCCCAUUUGAAAGGAAUCUGUCCUGAACCUGCCAUUCUUUUUCUUGAUUAUUCUAUUAUUUCUUUGUAGUGAAUUCUUUUCAAGAGCCCUUUGUGUCUUGUGAGCUAAAAUGUGAACACUAAUUGGGGCCUAGUCUCUGUGGAUAUGCCCAGGUUCCAUAAGCUUUUGUGUGUGCCCUAGGGCAGUCAAAUGAAAUGUGUAAGCCGUAAAUUGAUCAUUUUGCCUGCAAUAGAGGCUUUUAACAGUUGAGCUUGAAAUUUGUCACCCUUUC